AUGCCAGGUUCGCCGAUCCCGCCGAAUCUAAACCCUGCUCCACCGAGUUCUACCGGUGCAGCACAAUCCAUCGAGGCACCAUCCUCCGAUUGGACCUCCACUAUGAUCACCACCUCUGGAUCUGCCUCAGCUUCUACCAAUGCAUCCACCUCCACCUCCAAUAAGCGCCGCCGCGAUUCAAUGCAGCAAGACAUUGCCGGCCGUGAUUAUUACAAUAACUUGAAGCAAUCAGAGUUGAUUGAUCUGGUAGUCAAGCUCCAAGAACAGAAUCUGAUUCUCACCCGUUUACUGGAACGAUCCACCCUCACUGCUGCUACCAAUAAUACCUCUGCUGCCUCAGCCACUCGUCUGAAUCUUACUCCAAAUGUCAGUUUCACACGUACCAAAUCUGGAUCUGCUGCAUCUCGUUAUGCAUCGGAAAAGGAUUUCCCAACCUUGAAUUCAGGUACCAAAAAGGGAUCUGCCAAUGCCAAACCUACUGCCAACUCUGCCACCACUACUGCCAACUCCAAGAAGAGCUCUGGUUCUAACAAGAAAACUUCCAAGAAGUCUUCUUCUAAAGCCAAAGUCCCCUCUGAUGCUGCUGAAGCCAAGAAAUGGGCUUUACGUCUAUUUUCUACACUACGGCCCAACUGA